GUGUGCUGGUCCUGGAGCCUCCGCGCUCUGCAAAUGAAGCCGCUCGCAGGGACCUGCCUGGGAGAGGGGGACGAGGAGGCGCAGGGACCCACCCAGGGGCGCCGGCGGCGGCAGCGGCAGAGGACGAGCUGCCAACCCAGCCCCUCGCCUCGGAGGUGCCAGGCACAGACAGGCGUGAGCUGGCUGUGUGCACUGGGGACAGUGACAGGACUGCAGAAGGUGGAUGCAGAAACCCCGGAGGAGCCACUACUGAGUUUCUCCAGUGAGUUCUCGGUGCUGGAGAGACUAGGCUUGCACAGGGUGGCAUUGACAGAGCAGGAUGUGGAGGCAGCCUUUGCCCACCUCGCCCUGGCUUUUCGCUGCGACGUGUUCACCCUGCAGCAACGGGUGCAGGUGGAGAAACGGGCCCGGGAUGCGGCAGAGGAAAACAUCCAGGAGGAGCUGGGGCAGUGCCGGGCUGCCCUGGAGAGGCUGGGCCCAUCCUGCACCGACACGGGCUGCAAGGAGACGCUGGAGCAGCUGCAGCGCAGCCUGGCUGUGCUGGCGGCCGCUGUCGAGCGGGCAACCAGCGCCGCGGAGAAGCUGGGGGCUGUACAUCAGGAGGCCCGGAUGAGCCGAGCAGCAGAGGUGAUGGUCCAGCACGUGGAGAACCUGAAGCGGCACCACAUGCGGGAGCACGCGGAGCUGGAGGAGAUGAAGCGCCUGAUCCAGCAAAACUCCCGCAACCGGCAGCUGGCGGAGACCCAGG